AUGGAAGAAUGUCGUCAUGAUGAAUACGCUCCAGCACAAGACUCGUAUUAUGAAGACGAAAUGAUUGACACUCUUUCUCUUUCUGAUCUUCUGAUAUACGACAAUAAUGUAGAUGCACAAGACUUUUAUCGAGUUGAUGAUCCAAACCCUAAUCUUGACGAUGAUGCUGAUCAGUUUGAGUUUUCUAGUGAGCUUUUGAUGACGUCUGUCAGCAGCAACGUUGUUUUUUGCGGGAAGAUCAUUCCUUACAAAGAACCUAGUGUUUCUCAAAACACCCACAAGCUCGAAAGCAAGAAGCAACAGAAACAACACAAACAAAGAUGGAGGUUGGUUACGUUUUUCAAGAAACCGGGUAAAUCCAAAGCAAAUGUUGAAUCGAAGAAACAUGAUCUGAAAUAUGAUGUACCAAUAAGAAGAGUAUCAAUCAUGGCUUCAGCAACGAAACCAAGAUGGUACCUGUUGAUGUUUGGGGUGGGAUCAAGUAGGUUUCCGGCACAAAUGCACAUUAGAGAUUUGAAAAAAAGGCAAACAUCAAUGAGUAUUAAAGAUGUGGAUAACAAGAUACGUGGUGGUGGGAUUGGGUCUUGGAGAUUGGUGAGGUUCUUGGGUUGUGCUGGCGGUGGAGGUGGUGACAGCCAUGAAACCAUCAUCCGAAAGCAAUCGUGA